UCAAGUUAAAUGAAACCAUUUGAUUUCAAAGGUUUAAAUAUUCAUUUCAAAUUAUUCAUAUAAAUAUCUUUGUUGCUAAUCGAUCAUGUCGCUACAAGAAGCAACCAACAUAAAACAGGAACCACCGGAGGGUGGUCCAUCACUCAUGCCGAAACAGUCACAUCACCAACCCCUUAAAAGUAUAUCUCCACAACCACUGCCAAGUAGUAUUAAAUCACAAGCAAUGAAGCCAUGUGAACUGACAGGAAUGGCAUCUACGCAUAGCACAAGCACGUUGAACACUAAUUCUACAGCAACCAUCCACCAUCGUGAGACCGAACUGAAAUUAACCAACUUUUUGCCGAAUACCCAGAGACAACACAAUAUACAACCUAAUCCAAAUCAGCCUAAUACAAACGCAAAUCCCACCAGAUCAAUACAAAAUCGACCUAUAUCACAACAUUCAAAUGUUCAACAGCAACGAUCUACUGCUCCUGCAGCUCAGCAAGCACAACAGGGCCACCACCCCCACCCCCACCCUAUUGCUCCUAAGUACAUCAAAAUCCAACCAGCUAUCGCCCCUAAACCAAUAUCCGUCUUCCCCAAACAAUCCACAUUCUCUCCGAUCCCAACAGGUAAAACAUCAAUACAAUUUCGCCAGUCACUUACAGAUUCCCUAACCCCGAACACCUCUACUAAAAACCCAUCACUCAAUAUAAACACUUCCAAGCGAUGGGUGUUACCACCUAGGCCACGUCCUGGACGUAAACCAACUGCCAACGAAACUAACGACGAUAAGAAAAAUACAAAGACUAGUCCGAAACGAAGAACCAAGAUUAAGAAGGAACCGGAGACCAAACCCCAUGACGGGCGGACCAUUGCUGCUGUCCCACCGUCCCAUAUUUCCCACAUUGAUACAAACCAAGAAAAGUCUUCUGGAACACCUACACCAAACACAUCAAACUCAUCAGUAUCGCCAUCACUGAGUUCUCCAAGUGGUGCAGGUACAACCACGCCUUUAGUCUCAACCGACUCGCUGACUUGUGUAUCGCCCUUGCCUACACUUAAUAACCGCACGCCAUCACCCAAGAAGAUAUUAGUCACUCCAAAUGCACCACCGGUGACUGUGAAACGAGAAGAAGAUAUGCAAGCAAGAACUAUAUCUAGUCUCACAUCGGAAUCCACCCCCAUUAUUAGUGCAACCACUACAGCUGUUCCCUCGACCUCCUCAGCUCCGCCACUUCCCCCGAUCAAAUCAGCCGAUCCUAAUGCCCAAUUAUACGAUAUGAAAAUGACAUAUGUCGCCAAACUCAAAGAGCAAGAACUUAUCCGCAACUAUAUCGAAAUACUCACUAAUCAAAUCAAGGAAUUAAGUUUUGUCCAGAAUGGAGUUAUUACGUUUGAUGCGUUGAAGACUAAUGCUAAGCCAAGUAAAAAGAAUCCUACACCGACAAUCACACCCAGCACUAAAUAUGAUCAGUUGGAGCAGAUCAAUAAUUUGAAUGAUUUAAACAAGUUUUUAAAUUAUUUGAACAAAUCCUCGAAUAUUAUCCAAAGUGCUAAAAAGAAAAAGAACCAGCCGGAGAUGAGCAACGACGAAGUAUUGAAUAAGCAAAUUCAGGAUUAUAUGGAAGUAAGGGGUAAGUUCAAGGCUAUGAGGAGUGAAGAAAGCAAGCUGACUCAGAGAGUUAGCACCGAUAGUUCAUAUGGUAACAUUGGUAUUGAUAAUAAGCUGAAGAAACUGAUUAUUGGGAAUAGCACCACUACUUCGAUAUUUUCUGGAGCGGCAACAACAACAUUGCCUGGUACAGAUAUGCAGAAAUCCCAGCUGAUAAACACGACAUUCACUCCUGAUUUGCUAAGACCUAUGAAAGCUUCUAAUUUGUUUGGUAUUGGUAACAAUGGAUUUACCAGUCCUCACACACUUAGUCCUGCUGCUGAUUUGCAGGAUGAUAUAAUUGUCGAUGAAUUACAAACCGAAACCAUUGAAAGUUCACCAAGCGCAAUAUUGUCAAACACGACCGAAAGUAUGGACUUGUUUAUGGAUGAACAUGAUUUUCUCAAUCGGUUGAUUUUGAAAGAUGUCGAUGAGGAAACACCAACUGUUGCUGCUGCUGCCGCUGCUACUGCAGCUCCAUUUGAACCAAAAAGUGAAGAAGAACUAUUGGGUAAAGUGCAAAUACACCUGAAAAAUAGUCCCCAGCCCAUCCCACCACCGGCAUCAAUGGUGCACCAUCUGCUGCUGGCGCCACAAUUGCAAUUGCUGCCCCAGCUGAUUUUGCAGCAGCUGCAACUGCAAAUGAAGAUAAUGAUGAAUCGUGACACUGUUCUUAAGAAGAAACUGAAGUUCAAUUGUGGGUUUUGUACAAAUGAUACUCCAUGCUUAUGUUUUGAUGCUGAGAUGGAAAUUAGUGAUUUGAGACGAGGACCUUAG